CAGUGGCAACAGAACUUCUGCAAGAGCCUACCGAAAGUAAACGGAAACGGUCAUCAAGUGGCAAGUACAUAGCCGGGAUACUGGGAAGCGCCUCGAGGAAACGAUCUUCAUCCCAACCGUCAGACUCCAACGGCAGAGGGGGCGGAGAAGCAAUGGUAACCCGCACCACAUCCAACACAGAAACCAAAGGCCUACCCAACACCAGCACAACGCACAAUGGCGGACAGAGCAUCAACACCACCUCAGUAACCCGCACCACAGACCCUACAGCACUCCACAACAAGGCCAAAAAUGGCGCUCUGGUGGCGCCCGG